AGCAACUCAACUAUUAAAAGCUAAAACAUCCCGGUUUUUCUUCUACUUAAACCCCAUAUUCAAUUAUCACAUUAUGUCUUAUUCUGAUGCUGUCAAGUCCUCUGGCCCUGUAGGUGCCAAAAAAGUCCCUCCUGUACCCACCGUCAACAACACCUCCAGUCCUAACGGUAAUGUUGAGGUGAUUCCUGAAGACAAGUUGAAGGAGUUUGAACCUAAGAAGCAACAAUUUGACGGAAGCAAAAUCAAAGACUUCAGUAAGGAGAUCAAGAAGGCAAAGGAUUCGCAAGCGGUGGAAGAUGCUGAGGACUUUUUCAAGAAACUCUACGGAAGAUUAGGUGAGGCUUUUAAAACUGCUGGUAACACGCUCCACAAAGUUGGGUUGAAGGCUCUGGAAAAAGGCCAAUUGGCGGUGGCUACGACUAGCACUGAAUUGAAGAACCCAGUGGUUGUGUUGCAGGCGGUGGUGGGAAUCACCGGACUUAUUGGAGGUUACUUUGCGUACUUUGAAAGACACAGAAUCGACACGUCUAACAAGUUGACGUUGGCGCUUCACGGAGCCAUUAUUACUGGGUUUGUGCUUGUUGAUGGGUACUUGUUCCAGAAAUUUUACCCCAAGUAUAAGUAGAGGAUGUUAUUUGUAGACGAAUGAAUGUACACGCCAGACAAGACUAG